AUGGAGCUUCCAGGGUUCUCCGGGGAGCCCGUGUCAGUGCCUCGGCAGCCGGGAGCCGAGCCUGGAGCGGAGCGGCCGGGGCGGCCCCCGGGCGGCGCCGGCAAGAACGGACAAACAGAAAAAGGGAUGUCAGCAAAGUUCAUGUACAAACGACAAAGGCUUAAGUCCGAAAAAGAGACAGAGGAGUCCUGUCACCAGGAAGGUACAGCCUUCCCGAACCGCCUGCCACAUAUUCCACCUUUGAACCUGUCAGAAACUCCAACUCGUGCAGAGCCGUGUCUGUUUCAGAAGCCAAGCUGUCUGGACUCUGCGGGAAACCUGCUGCCCAAAGUGAGCAGAGACAUUGAGACCCAUUUCAAAGAUGUUAUCACCCAUACCUUCACCCAUCGAAUUGCUUGUAAAACAUUAGCACGCAUCUUCCGUCUCGGGGACAAAAGGACAAAGGGACAACGGGACAAGCGGUCCCGGCGCUGCGGAGGAGCAGCAGUGACUCUACCGACCCGUAACCUCUUCUGCUCGUCCUCCUCCUCUCCCGCUCCCCUUCUCCCGCUGCCGCUCUCUCGCCCUCUGCGGGCCCGCCACGCUCUGCCGCUCCUCCCGGGGGAUUCGCUUCCCCCCAGCCCCUCCCAGGGGAUUCGCUUCCCCCAGCCCCUCCCGGGGGAUUCGCUUCCCCCCCGCUCGGCCGCAGUCUCGUCCCCGCCCGGCUCUCUCCGUCCCGGCUGUGGCUCCGCCUGGCCCGGUCCCGGCCGCUGCCGCCGCCUCCUCUGCGGGUUCCCCGGGCCGAGCUCCGCCGCUCGGUGCCUGCUCCAGAGGGGGAAGCCGGACCCCGGGAAGGAGAAGGUACCGGGUGGGGUCGCUGCUGGGGACUUGGCCAAGUCAGCCGAAAGUGGCCGGAAAUCCAGAAGUUACUCUGGAGCGGAGGGGAAGUGCUCGGCCCGUCCUCUACACCUCCAUCAAACCAGAGAGGACACUUGCAGUCACCUUUGACCCUUACUCCCUGGGAACAGCCAGUCUCUGAUGCUUCCACUACUCUGAUUUUUUUUUGCUUUAACUGAUUCUGUUUUCUACGAAGGAAGACCAAGCAGCCUGUGACCUGUGACCUGUGACCAGCCACUCUGGGAUGUUUGACAAUGCACCACACUCUGCUUUAGGGUUCCCAGCAGCAGAAGAAGGGUACUGUGGUCAUGCAGUAGAUGGCAUGGUUGAAGCCACCUCUGCUGCUACACAUCUCUACAGUCAGCAGGUUACCUCUGCACCACUGCCUUCCCAUGGGAUUGUGGACAUCCAGUGCUGGUGCCUGGAGGAACAUUUGUCAACACGAUACAAACAUGAUUUAUGCUCCUGCCAGAUCAAGAGGAACAAAUAAAUGUGCAAUGGGACAAAUAAAUAGGAAAGGACUCCGGGCUGUUCUGCCAGGAUAGCCUAAAGUAGUAAAGCACAUGAGAAGCCCCUGGGGGCAGAGGGCAGAGUGGAGUGCCCAGGCCCUGCUUGAAAGCCCGAGAUGAUGGGGAAGGGUGAUAUUCUAUUAGUAAACCACUAAUGACCACCUCUUUGGCAUUUCCUGAAAACUACAGUAGGUUGGCUGGUCCCCGGAGGAGCACUGUGAUGUCAGCAGCCAGAAAUCCUGUGGAACUGGCCAGACUGGCAAAUGCAUGAAAGUCAGCUAAUCUGCUGUUUUAUCACUCCUCCGCCCCCAAAUCCCCAUCCACUUCAGGCAUCAGAGGGAAGCUAAUUGACUUGAGCUUCCUUUUUGUGCUCAAACACCUUGGUUGACUUG